GCAUACACUUACACAGCAUCUACUUGAACAGCUUCAGCACGCCUCUAUCUUUCAACUGCAACAAACAAUGGCCACCGUCUUGAAAAACGUUGCCCUCGUCGGCGCCAGCGGCAACGUCGGCAAGGUCGUCCUCCCCGCCCUCCUCGCCGCCAACAAAUUCACCGUCACCGUCCUCCGCCGCGCCUCCUCCUCCCCAUCCACGUUCCCGGACGGCGUCCGCGUCGUCGACGUCGACUUCAGCUCCGUCGAGUCCCUGACGGCCGCCCUUGCCGGCCAAGACGCCGUCGUGUCCACCGUCGGCAGCGCCGCCCUCAAGGACGAGCAAAAGAGGCUCAUUGACGCCGCCGUCGCCGCCGGCGUCAAGCGCUUCCUGCCCUCCGAGUUCGGCUGCGACCUGACCAAGGAGCUUCCCGCCAAGCUGCCCGUCUUCGCAGCCAAGGUCGAGAUCACGCGGUACCUCGAGGACAAGGCCAAGACGACGCCUCUCACGUACACGCUCGUCUACAGCGGGCCCUUCUUCGACUGGGGACUACAGUACAACUUCAUCUUCAAGAGUGCUGGAUCUAAGCCCGUGCUGUACGACGGCGGCAACACCGUCUUCAGCAGCUCGACGCUCGACGCCGUUGCCCAGGCCGUCGUCGGCGUCCUUCUCAAGCCGGAGGAGACCAAGAACCGGGCGGUGCGGUUCCAGAGCGUGGCCAUUUCGCAGAGGCAGCUGCUGGACAUUGCCAAGGAGGUUGCGCCCGAGAGGGACUGGCAGCCGGAGGUCGUCAAGCUGGAUGAUCUCACCAAGGCGGCUGAUGAGAGGCUGGCAAAGGGGCUCUUUGACCAGGAGACGUUUACGCCGUAUAUCCUGCGUGCUAUCAAUGACGAGCGGUACGAACCCAAGUUUGAGAAGCUGGACAAUGAGUUGUUGGGCAUCAAGCAGUUGACCCAGGAGGAGGUCAAGGCAAUUGUCAAGAAGACACUCAGCGACUAG